AUGGCCCCCUCGCAAAAUCCCGCGCAAUCCAAGAACGACAACGUCGCCGAGCCCAAACCCGACCAACAGCCCACAGUGGAGCAAAAGUCGGCUGCGCUAGAGGAGGACGACGAAUUUGAGGACUUCCCGGUCGAGGAUUGGGAACCGGAAGAGACCGAAGCGGCCAACGGCAGCGGCGCGCCACAGCAUUUGUGGGAGGAGUCGUGGGAUGAUGACGACACGAGUGAUGACUUUUCGGCGCAGCUUAAGGAGGAACUGAAGAAGGUCGAGGCGGCGAAGAAGCGGUGA